UCUACUGCCAAGACGGGCAGCAGCUGUGAGAGUCUCCAACACCUAGGAUUCAUCGUCACCACGGGAAACCAACUCUGCUACCUACUCUAGACAUUCGCACGGUAGUAGGCGUUUCUUCCGGAGCCCCCUACCAUCCGCGAGUCCGCGACUCCGAGAACGUACCCCCGCGUGGCAGGUGGUACACCACCGUUGCGCGGUACUCCUAGACUCGCCGCUUAACGAGAGUGCAACUGCAGUUGGCGGCCGACCUGUGUACGGCUCACGGGGAAACGCGGAGAACGCGCUCGUUCCGACUCGCCGCAGUUUCGGGGGAGAUCCAGAGAAAGAGAGAUGAGGAUCAUUGUUCUAGUCGUAUUUGUCAUGGCCGUCCUGGCGAGUGCCUCGGCGCAGGAUUUCAGACAUUUUUUCGCGGGAUUUGGUCCUUAUGGCAUUCAAUCCUCAGUAAUGAGGGAUCCGAGAUCGAAUAGGGGUCCAGUAUUAUUCCCACCUGGGCCGGCUCCUAACAAUGCUGAUACCAGCGGCGUCGUCGUGGGCGCGAGUGGAUACGGAUUCGUGCCACCCAGCUCAGGUUAUUAUACCUAUUUCUACUACUAGACACACAUCCAGUAAUCAUGGGAUUGCAACGUGAAGACGACAACACAAAGAAAAUGUUAGUCAAGGUUUUGGACAUUACGGCUCGCAGAUUCUAACUGGACAUUAUGGUAGACUAAUAGAUCGACGGUUACAUGGUGGUGCGUGUCCACUGAAGGAAGGACGAGCCUUAAAGUAGUUCUUUUCUUCUUUUUUUCUAUUUAACAAUAGCCUCUCCUCCGUGAUUGGUGGCGUGGGAGGACGCCUACUUCCCGUGAACUUUGCUAGAUUGCGUAAAGUUCGCAGGGUAAAGGAGAGCUAUUAGCGCAGUGUACAAAUAGAGAAAUACGUGCGAUUAUUAUUAUAAUAAGAUUUUUUUUUUAAAAGCAUCAAGUUUCUUCUUGAGGCAUAACGUAGUGCACGAAAUAUUUUAAGAUAAAAGUUCAAUAGCUUAGUAAAUUAAACCCUUUUAUUUCCUUAUCUCUUUCAAUUAAGGAUCACUUGAGACGCACCCUUAAAACCGCCAACGAGACCGAUAGUUAGCAGCUAAAUAUCGGCCAUAUCGACAUUGAUAUUACGCCACUUACUGUUUUAGUUUCGAUAUCUAGUGCGGUAAUCCCGUAUACGAGCAACGAGAACGUCCGCAUAAUGAAGUCUACGAAAGUACAAGUCGUAUUUUAUGGUGCAUUAGUACGGGUAUUCGCGCCUCUCCGCGUGGCGGUAACGCUGAGGCGUGUAUAAUUAGUAGCAGCCAGAAAGGACCGUGCACUCCUGACAGUGCGAUCCUAGAACAAAAGCGAGCGGGACUGAAUAGCGAAUCCGCUCCGCGCCUUAUAGUCGAGAAAUAUCCGCUUAUGAAACAAGACCUGGUAAAUAGAGGCGGGUCCGGCGCGCGCGCCGUUGGAUCCGCUGAAAAUGAUUAAAAGGCAGUGGUACAUUUCGUGCCGACUGGUAAAUUAUUUAUCGCGACCGCGAUGGCAAUUUAAUUAAGUAUACACUCAAAAUAUGUAGCAGUGAAAUUUCACUGCAUUGAAUUGAAAUUUCAUUGUAGGUGUUAGUGGUAAUUGAGCCAAUGCUACUGCCAGGGAAUUUUACCGCAAGGUAGUAGUAAAGAUUAGAAUAGGCAGAAGGAGAUUAAAAUAGACAGAAUAAUGUCAUUCCAAUGGAUAGGGUAAUUCCGGCAAAUACGCCGCGCUGGGAUUUACGUUGUAGAAGUCAGAAAAAAAUAGAAGGAGUGGAGGUAAUUUUUCUGCAACUACUCUGUUGCAUGCUUUUAUGUUAUAUUAGUAUUGUUAUGAUUUCAGUUUCUUACUGUCAAUAUU